UGAGGAUCUCUGCUGCAAGACAGGGACGUCGCCUUUUGGAGCCUCACUUCGGCGACGCCUUGCGUCUUGUGCUUUCCCAAGAGUUCUUCUUACUUUUGGUUUUGGGGAUGCGAUCCUGUUCAACAGAUGUAUAGCGACAUGGAUACCCGUCAGCGUCACUGAUUCCGACCACUCAGAAGUUGAACUACGUCUACGUUAGCGCAGCGAUAGGGCGUAAAGGCUAAAAAUACCGAUCCAUUGGCUUAUUUCCUGAAAUUUUUGACGGGAUAUACCAUUUCGCAGUUGUUCCAACGUUCGGAAGCGAGGGUAGAAGUAGCGGAGAAAUAACUUUAAACGCGAAGGAGCAGGUCUGGCUUUCUUGCUAAAAUGGAAUACAAAGAAUCGUCCGUGUCGUUGCCUCCUCGGGAUCGGGAUUCUCAUCGUUUAACAAAGUCAACAAAGUAGAUUUCGACAUCAUCUUCAAGUUUUUCUCACCUUGGCAGUGCCCUCCUUGUCCUUCAGGUUUAGCCUAUCGGCCCAACACUGCUAAUGCAUGAGUUCAUUCGCUAGCGCUCGGGAUAACAAACGUCGCAGUCUUUUUCUAGGUGAUCGAGAUCGUGGAACAAGAUUCAAAUCCUCGACAUCGACGACGAGCAAAUUUGUCAGCAUCAGCACACCAAAGUAAGUAUACUCGAAGAAGAAACGAGUCUCGCGCAAAUAGUCGUCCACAUUACCAUGGUUGUCCAAACCUGUAACAAUUGCGGUGGCCGGGGGCACAUCGCCAAGGACUGCCCAUCCGAAAAAACGUGCGACUGCUGCGGGCAGCCGGGCCACCUGCGCGCCGACUGCGACAAACGGGACAAAAUUUGUGACUUGUGCGGGAAGCGGGGGCAUCUGAAAAUCAAGUGCCGACAGCCGCAGGCAAACAGCUACAACAAGAACCGGGGAAGGGCAGAUAGGAGUCGGUCAAGGGAAAGACGAUACAAUCGCGGUGUCAAACCUAAAUCCCAUGAGUGGUUUGAUUGCUUUUUAUAAAAAGACUCGUAGAAAAUUCCAGAGGCGUCGGUGACGCGGCGUCCGUCACAGUGACCGCUCGCCGUCGCCUCACACUCGCCCUAAGAAAAUGCGAAUACUUAAAAAAUCUCCGAGCAACUCAACUUCUGAUGAUACUCGUGGCGCAGCAGGGAAGUCCAAUUCCAAGAAAAAGAUCUUUUCAAAAACAGGCGACGACGAUGAGUGUUAUCCAGUACGCGGGUCUUCUUCGCAGGCGUGCAGGAACUGCGGGAAAUUCGGCCAUGACGGUGCGCAGUGCCGGGACCGCAAGGAGUGCUACCGUUGCGGGGACUGGAACCAUGUGGCGCACGAGUGUCCCGCAAAGGAUAAGAGCUGCGACACCUGCGGAAAGCGAGGGCAUCUGAAAAUCAAAUGUGAUCAGCGAAGAUAAACAACGAUGAAAUCAUGUUGAGGACUUUUUGCAGACAAAAUCAAAGCUGAUACAACAACUACGUGAAGAACGUCGGAUACGUUGAGACAAAAAGGGGAAGCAUAUAACUUUUUCAAAUGAAAUCUCGCAACGACGGCCGCAUGAUAGUAAUCGAUCGCAAGAAAAAAUGCUGCCGGAUGAAUCGAUGUCAAAGACGUGGCGGCUCAUUCUUCGUCGACCUCUGAAAAGACGCGAUGUAUUCA